AUGUGGUGGCUACUGAGAACAAUGUGUUUUGUUCACACAAUUGGAAACAUAUUUUGUUUUUUGGAAGCCAAACCGAAGAAUCCUGAAACGAAUAUGAAUAGUGAGAUAAUUUCCCACUGGGGCUAUGAAAGGGAAGAGCAUGAAGUUUUGACUGAGGACGGUUACCUACUCCUAAUCUUCCGGAUUCCACGAGGGAGGAAUGAGAAAAAAGGAUCUUCUAACACCACGAAGCCAGUGGUGUAUUUGCAACAUGGCUUUACUGUAUCUGCGGAUUAUUGGGUUCUCAACCCUCCCAGCAACUGUCCAGCUUUCCUCCUGGCAGAUGCCGGUUUUGAUGUGUGGCUGGGGAACAGCAGGGGCACUAACAAUGGCAGGAAACAUGUGAGCCUAGACCCAAAUUCUAAAGAAUUCUGGGCUUUUAGUUUUGAUGAACAAAUAGCAUACGACAUCCCAGCCACCAUUGAUUUCAUUUUGAACAAGACGAGACAAACACAACUUUACUAUAUUGGCCAUUCCCAGGGCGUAUAUAUUGCUUAUGGGGCAUUUGCAACAAACCCACAACUGGCCCAGAAGAUCAAAAUGAACUUUGCCCUGGGUCCUGUUGUGUUGACCAAGCAUCUGAGAGGUGUCUUUCGCACAGUUGCAUACAUUGACCCACUAGUGAUCAAGUCUCUGUUUGGUGAAAAAGAUAUAUUCAGCAGAUCAAAUGAUAAUCCUAUUCUUCAGUUCUUAUGUCAUCGAGAGAAAAUUGCAACAGCUUGUAAUAAUCUUCUUACAGUAAUAUUUGGAUACAACCCCAAGAAUUUAAAUGAGAGUCGUCUUGAUGUAUAUAUUGGGCAUAUUCCAGCAGGAACUUCAAUUCAAAGUAUACUUCAUUUUUCUCAGGGAAUCAGAUCAGGUUUAUUCCAAAAAUAUGACUGGGGCAGUGAUUCUCUAAAUAUGCAGCACUACAAUCAGUCUACUCCUCCAAUAUACAAGAUAGAGAACAUGAAAGUUCGAACUGCUAUGUGGAGUGGUGGGCAAGAUCUUCUGGGAGAUCCGAUAGAUACUGAAAACCUGGCAGCCAAAACUCCCAAUCUAGUUUAUCACAAGAAGAUUCCUGACUAUGAUCAUCUGGAUUUUAUAGUGGGUAAAGAUGUUACAAUACAAGUUUACCAAAAAACAGGUAAAGACAGAUACACAGGGAUCACCCAAUAUAAGAGCACUAGGAACAUGGCCUGCCAGGACUAUACCUGCACCCAAGAGCUGGGCAGCGCCGCCACAGCCUUCUGUGCACCUAGUCUGCUAGGAGAUAUCUGCUCUGCAUUCAGUCCUGUGAUUAGAGGUGAGGCCAACAUCUCCCCUGCAACUGAGAAGGCUUUUGCAGCUAGAAAUGUAGAGAACAUCCAAGUGUAG